AUGGCCGGAGAUAACCCGGACAAGACAAUCUAUCUCCAUGGCGACCUCGACCUAAGGAUCAUCGAGGCCCGCUGCCUUCCCAACAUGGACCUCGUCUCCGAGCGCCUCCGUCGCUGCCUCACCGCGUUCGAUCUCUGCCGCCGCCCCUUCGCCAAAAACCGCAGCCACGACCGCCGCCACCACCACCGUAAGAUCAUCACCAGCGACCCCUACGUCACGGUCUGCCUCGCCGGUGCCCGGGUAGCCCGGACCCGGGUCAUAUCCAACUCACAGGAUCCGAUUUGGGACGAGCAUUUCCAGAUCCCAUUAGCUCAUCCUGUUUCUCAGGUCGAUUUUCAAGUCAAGGACAACGACAUGUUUGGCGCCGAGCUAAUCGGAAUUGCAUCCGUGCCGGCAAGCCGGAUUGCUUCAGGCGAACUAAUCGACGAGUGGUUCCCAGUAAUCGGAUCGUACGGAAAGCCCCCGAAACCCGACUCCGCCAUCCGGGUGCGAAUGACAUUCACGCCCUUCCACAAAAACCCGGCUUACAAAAACGGCAUUUCCGAGGAUUACGGGUUGAGGCAGAGCUAUUUCCCGUCUCGGCAUGGCGGGAAGGUCACACUCUAUCAAGAUGCGCACGUGAAGGAUGGGAUGUUGCCGGAAAUCGAGCUUGAUGGUGGGAAGAAGUUCGAGCACGGGAAGUGUUGGGAGGACAUUUGUCACGCGAUUUUGGAGGCGCAUCACUUGGUGUACAUUGUUGGUUGGUCAAUUUAUCAUAAGGUGAAGUUGGUGAGGGAACCGAGCAAGCCAUUGCCGAAAGGUGGGGAUUUGAAUCUUGGGGAGCUGCUUAAGUACAAGUCGCAGGAAGGGGUGAGGGUGUUGCUGUUGGUUUGGGACGACAAGACAUCGCACAACAAGUUCUUUUUUAAAACGGAAGGAGUGAUGCAAACUCAUGACGAGGAAACUCGGAAGUUUUUCAAGCACUCGUCAGUCACAUGUGUACUAGCCCCCCGUUACGCAAGUAGUAAGCUCAGCUUUUUCAAGCAGCAGGCAUGCUUUGUUGUUGGAACUCUUUACACACACCAUCAGAAAUGUGUUAUUGUGGACACUCAAGACUAUGGCAACAACAGAAAGAUAACUGCUUUCAUUGGCGGUCUCGAUCUCUGUGAUGGACGCUAUGAUACUCCCGAACAUCGACUGUUUCGCGAUCUCGACACUGUAUUUGAGAAUGAUUAUCAUAAUCCAACCUUUCCUCCGGGAAAGAAAGGACCAAGACAACCUUGGCACGAUUUACAUUGCAAAAUUGAAGGUCCGGCCGCUUAUGAUGUGCUCACAAACUUCGAACAACGGUGGAGAAAAGCCACUAAAUGGUCUGAGUUUGGACAACGGUUUAAAAAGAUUUCACACUGGCAUGAUGACGCUUUAAUUAAGGUUGAAAGAAUAUCCUGGAUUAAUAGUCCGUCCCCAUCUGUUCCAAAUGAUGACCCUUCAUUAUGGGUUUCGAGGGAAGACAGUCCAGAAAACUGGCAUGUUCAGGUUUUCCGGUCCAUAGACUCGGGAUCGCUGAAAGGUUUUCCCAAAAAUGUCCAUGCAGCUGAGGAACAAAACCUAGUGUGUGCGAAAAAUUUGGUGAUAGACAGAAGCAUUCAAAUGGCUUAUAUCCAUGCUAUAAGAUGUGCCCAACAUUUCAUAUACAUUGAGAACCAAUAUUUCCUUGGGUCAUCUUUUGCUUGGCCAUCUUAUGAAAAUGCCGGCGCUGACAAUUUAAUCCCUAUGGAACUUGCACUAAAGAUAGCCAGUAAAAUAAGAGCAAAAGAAAGAUUCACAGUUUAUAUUGUUAUCCCUAUGUGGCCAGAGGGGGUUCCGGAUUCUGCUUCAGUACAAGAAAUCCUUUUUUGGCAGUGGCAAACAAUGCAAAUGAUGUAUGACAUCAUUGCUAAAGAGAUCAAAUCUGCUGAGCUAAAGAAUGCACAUCCAACAGACUACCUAAAUUUCUACUGUCUUGGCAAUCGAGAGGAAUGCCCUGAAGAAGAAGUAAAUGUUGAUGGUCAAACCUCAUCUAGUUCGGACACAAAUUCAAAAAAAUUCCGAAGAUUUAUGAUUUAUGUACAUGCCAAGGGCAUGAUCGUCGAUGAUGAGUACGUAAUACUUGGUUCUGCCAACAUAAACCAACGGUCAAUGGCUGGUUCAAGAGAUACAGAGAUUGCCAUGGGUGCUUAUCAACCCCAUUACACUUGGGCUAAAAAACAGGAACAUCCUUUGGGCCAGAUAUAUGGAUACCGUAUGUCACUUUGGGCAGAACACAUUGGAAGUAUUCACAAGUGUUUCAAGGAUGCGGAAAGCUUAGAGUGCGUAAAGUAUGUGAACAGUGUGGCGGAAGAUAAUUGGAAUAUGUACACAGCAAACGAGUUCACCUCAUUACAAGGGCACAUCCUAAAAUACCCGGUGGCAAUAGAUGCUGAUGGGAAGGUUAGUUCAUUGCCCGGACAUGAAAAUUUCAUCGAUGUUGGUGGUAAGGUGCUGGGAUGUCCAACAAAUUUGCCAGAUGCAUUGACUACUUAA